AUGAUAACUCAAAACCAUAUUUUAUAUCAUGAUGUACUUAAAGGCCAAUUGUUAUAUAGGAAAUGCAUUCACUUUAUAUCUUCAGAUAAUUAUCCACAUUGUCCUUACGCACGUUAUAAAAAAAAAUUUGAAAUAUCACUAAUACCAGAAGAUCUUAUAUUAGAUUUCAUAGAACAACAAGCGAUUACAUUAACUUACAUCUACAUGAGUAGUAUAAUUCGUUUACAAUUGCUACUUGCUCUCGAUUACGCCAUUACUAUUCAUAGAACUCAAUGUAUGACAUACAUAACAAUGACUUUUUUUUGUGGCCGCGAUGCUCUUAGAGCUCUUGUACAAAAUACAGAAAAAUUUGAUGGCACGUAUCUAAGUAGUAUAGCAGAAGAGUUACCAACACAAGAACUGUUAAUCAAUAAUGCUAUAUCAACAAAUGAAUCAUCAUAUUCGAUUAACAAUAAUGGUUACUAUCAUUUUUAA